AUGGACCUGGCCCUUCCCAACGCCCCGGGUCUGGCGCCGCCAGCCGAGGUGAGCUCCGAGGAGGAGCUCUCUGACUGCCUCGAUUACUACUACCUGCGCGACUUCCCGGCCGGUGGGGCCGGGCACAGCAAGGGCCGCACGCAGCGCGAGCGGGAACUGCGCACUAACUGGCCGGUGCCUGGCGGCCACGAGCGCAAAAUCGCACAGAAGCUCCUCAACGGCCAGCGCAAGCGGCGCCAGCGCAAGCUGCAGCCCCGGCCGCGCACCCGGCUCUCCUGCGCGUCGGAUACCGAAGGAACUGAUAAAAAAAAGUCUUUUCUUUGA